AUGGCAACUUCUACUCGAUACAAUUCCAAAAAAACCACGCCGUCUAGAAAUGAAUUGGUUAAUGAUCCUCUUGCCACGUUCAUACCUUAUUCUGGUCAACAAAAUCAUGAGAAACAAGUAAUUUCUGUAGAUAUAGAUAUUCCACUGUUGCUUAAUGAAGAAAGUAACAAAGAGAGUAGCGAUGAAAGUGAACCGACUGUUAAUACUUCAAAGGUUAUUGCUAAGAAAAAAAGUAGUAUUAGUAAAGUAUUUGCUAGUACAACUUCUAUCUCAAAGAUAAAUAAUGAUUCUAUCAUGAUGAUUGAAGAUCAAGUCACACCAAAACGAAAAGGUGAUUUUAAUAAUAAAGAUACUAAAUCAAAAA